AUUUAAUUUAGUAAUAAUGUAGUUGUAGUAAAAUAAAAUGAAGUUUGUUUUUAAUUAAAUGAAUACUAUAUUUGAUUAACUAAUUGUGUAAAAGAAAUGAAGUCUUCAAUUGUGUUACUGAUAUUGGUAUCCAUUUUAUAUCUUACGAAAGUAUGUCAAAGUGAUGACGACGAGGGAUUGGCAGCUACUGCUCCAACAAAUGCCGAAGACACUACCACUGCUAAACCCACCAGUGAAGCGAUCACUGCGGAAGACACUACAUCUGAAACUACUGCUAAGCCGCCGGUAACCACUGCCGAAGCGGCAACAGAAGCAACAACACUGGAUCCGACAAAAAAGUUAUCUUUUAAAGAUAAAUACAAAAAGUUUAAAAAUAAAGCAAAAAUUUAUAUCCACGACACGACAAAGAAACUCAAGGAUAUUCUUCACUUUGAUUUAACUAAACUCGAUAUCAGAAACUUGACUCAAUUCAUACCAUUUUAUGAAGAAUAUAAAAAUAUCUUUAACAAAAAAUAUGCGAACGAACAGGAAAAAGAAGAAAGAAGUAGUUUAUUCAAGAGAACCAUUGAAAGGAUUAGACAACACAAUGCAAACAUGAAAUCUAAAUAUAUUAAGGGUUUGAAUGAACUGUCAGAUAUGAGUUUCGCUGAAAUUUUGAAACUAAAAUUAGGUUUCAAACAAGACGGCGGAGAUGUUAUGGUCAAAGCUUCAGCGCCGGUACCGUCUGUCGCUGAUCUACCAAAAGAAUGGGAUUGGAGAAAGUAUGGUAUAUUAACAACACCAAGAAAUCAAGAUAAGUGUGGUUCGUGUUGGAGCUUUGCGGCGGCCGCUGUCCUCGAGAGUCAUAACAUGAAGCGUCAGAUUGCUGAGGGAAAGUUUGAUCCAAUGAAGCCAUUGACAGUCAGUGAACAGAAUCUGAUUGAUUGUUCCGCUGAUUUCGGAACUAAUGGUUGCGAAGGAGGUAUGCCUCAACAGGGCUUUAAAUAUGUGGCCGCAAAUCAAGGAAUUAAUAGCAUCACUGAAUAUCCGUACACCGGAAUAAAAACCAAGUGUACGUAUAAUCCAAAAAAGAAAGUCGACGUCGAAGUAAAAGAAGGAAAACGUUUGAAGUCGGGUCAGGACAACGAUUUGGUCACUGCUAUCUACAACUACGGACCCGUCACUAUUGCCUUACAUCUGACCAAAGAUAUGGCUUCUUAUAAAUCCGGUAUUUUUGAUGAUCCAAAAUGUAACCCCAAAAAAGUUAAUCACGCGGUCGUUGCUGUCGGUUAUACUCCAGAUUAUUUCAUCCUCAGAAACAGUUGGGGACCAAAAUGGGGAGAUGAGGGUUACAUAAAAGUGGCCCGGUCUAAAUUAAAUAACUGUGGUAUUUCUCAGCAAUGCUAUUAUCCAGUUUUAACAAAUGCUGUCGAAACCCAACACAUGAGAGACAAACUACAAGAAAAACCAUAACUAUAGCAAAAAAAAUGUAAUUUAAAUUUAUUUCUAAAUUGAAUUCUUAAGUUAUUUUUCAUUUAAAAAUUAUUUUUAAAGUCAUAACAAUA